GCGUCUCAAUAAUAAUGAAUUCACAGUGUUGGAAGCUACAGGAAUCUUCAAGAAACUUCCGCAGUUACGUAAAAUAAACUUUAGCAACAAUAAGAUUACAGACAUUGAAGAAGGAGCAUUUGAAGGAGCUUCUGGUGUCAAUGAAAUACUUCUCACGAGUAAUCGCUUGGAAAAUGUUCAGCAUAAGAUGUUCAAGGGAUUAGAAAGCCUGAAAACUUUGAUGUUGAGAAGUAAUCGUAUAAGCUGUGUUGGCAAUGAUAGUUUCGUAGGACUGAGUUCUGUGCGUUUGCUUUCUUUAUAUGAUAAUCAAAUUACUACCAUUGCACCAGGGGCAUUUGAUACUCUCCAUUCUUUAUCUACUCUAAACCUGUUGGCCAAUCCUUUUAACUGCAACUGCUACCUGGCUUGGCUGGGUGAAUGGCUAAGGAAGAAAAGAAUUGUAACCGGAAAUCCUCGCUGUCAGAAACCAUACUUCCUCAAAGAAAUCCCCAUCCAGGAUGUCGCCAUUCAAGACUUCACCUGUGAUGAUGGCAAUGAUGAGAGUAGCUGUUCUCCACUCUCUCGCUGCCCCACGGAAUGCACAUGCUUGGAUACAGUGGUCCGAUGCAGCAACAAGGCCUUGAAGGUCUUGCCCAAAGGUAUUCCCAGAGACGUCACUGAAUUGUAUCUGGAUGGGAACCAAUUUACACUGGUGCCUAAGGAGUUCUAUAACUACAAACAUUUAACACUCAUAGACUUAAGUAACAACCGGAUAAGCACCCUUUCUAAUCAGAGCUUCAGUAACAUGACCCAGCUCCUCACCUUAAUUCUUAGUUACAACCGUUUGAGAUGUAUUCCUCCUCGAACCUUCGACGGAUUGAAGUCUCUCCGAUUACUUUCAUUACAUGGAAAUGACAUUUCUGUUGUGCCUGAAGGUGCUUUCAAUGAUCUUUCUGCGUUAUCACACCUGGCAAUUGGAGCCAACCCUCUUUACUGUGAUUGUAACAUGCAGUGGUUAUCGGACUGGGUAAAGUCGGAAUACAAAGAACCCGGAAUUGCUCGCUGCGCCGGUCCUGGAGAAAUGGCAGAUAAAUUAUUACUCACGACUCCCUCCAAAAAAUUUACAUGCCAAGCUUAUCAUGUAGAUGUUGUUAAAACCUUGUUGUAUCACAAAUCUAGAGAUGCAGAUAGCCUUCUUGAAGAAAUAUAUGAGACUUUUGGUUCACAAGCUGUGCUAACUUCUGAGGCCCAUGACAGCCUGCUGGCAGGAAGCCUGUUAACCUUUCCCUGUGAACUAACACUGUUUGCCAUGUUAACAGGCGAGUUGUGUGAGGAGAAGCUGGACUUCUGUGCCCAGGACCUGAACCCCUGCCAACACGACUCCAAGUGCAUCCUGAUGCCAAAGGGAUUUAAGUGCGACUGCACACCAGGAUAUGUGGGUGAGCACUGCGACAUUGACUUUGAUGACUGCCAAGAUCACAAGUGUAGAAACGGAGCCCACUGCACGGAUGCAGUGAAUGGCUAUACGUGCAUCUGCCCCGAAGGUUACAGUGGCCUGUUCUGUGAAUUUUCUCCACCCAUGGUCCUCCCUCGAACCAGCCCCUGUGAUAACUUUGAUUGUCAGAAUGGAGCCCAGUGCAUCAUCAGGAUAAAUGAGCCCAUCUGCCAGUGUUUGCCGGGCUACCAGGGAGAGAAGUGUGAAAAGUUGGUCAGCGUGAAUUUUGUCAACAAAGAGUCUUAUCUUCAAAUUCCUUCAGCCAAGGUCCGGCCUCAAACGAACAUCACCCUACAGAUUGCCACAGAUGAAGACAGCGGAAUCCUCCUGUAUAAGGGCGACAAGGACCAUAUUGCCGUCGAACUGUACCGGGGACGGGUCCGCGCGAGCUAUGACACCGGCUCACACCCGGCUUCUGCCAUUUACAGCGUGGAGACGAUCAAUGACGGAAACUUUCACAUUGUGGAGCUACUUGCCCUGGAUCAGAGUCUCUCCCUCUCCGUGGAUGGAGGGAGCCCCAAAAUCAUCACCAACUUGUCAAAGCAGUCCACUCUGAAUUUUGACUCUCCCCUCUAUGUAGGAGGUAUGCCAGGCAAGAACAACGUGGCCGCGGCCCUGCGCCAAGCCCCCGGGCAGAACGGCACCAGCUUCCACGGCUGCCUCCGCAAUCUUUACAUCAACAGCGAGCUGCAGGACUUCCGCAAGGUGCCCAUGCAGACCGGCAUUCUGCCCGGCUGUGAGCCGUGCCACAAGAACGUGUGCACCCACGGCACGUGCCGACCCAGCAGCCAGUCGGGCUUCACCUGUGAAUGUGAGGAAGGCUGGACUGGGCCCCUCUGUGACCAGAGGACCAAUGACCCCUGUCUUGGAAAUAAAUGUGUGCACGGCACCUGCUUGCCCAUCAAUGCAUUCUCCUACAGCUGUAAGUGUCUGCAGGGCCACGGCGGUGUCCUCUGUGAUGAGGAGGAGGAUCUGUUUAACCCCUGCCAGGCGAUCAAGUGCAAGCAUGGGAACUGCAGGCUCUCGGGACUGGGGCAGCCCUACUGCGAAUGCAGCAGUGGAUACACUGGAGACAGCUGUGACCGAGAAAUCUCUUGUCGAGGGGAGCGGAUACGAGAUUAUUACCAAAAGCAGCAGGGCUAUGCCGCUUGCCAGACGACCAAGAAGGUGUCCCGGUUGGAAUGCAGAGGUGGGUGUGCGGGAGGGCAGUGCUGCGGACCUCUGAGGAGCAAGCGGCGGAAAUACUCUUUCGAAUGCACUGAUGGGUCUUCAUUUGUGGAUGAGGUCGAGAAGGUGGUGAAGUGUGGUUGUUCCAGGUGCGCCUCUUAAUCGCGCCCCUGGCCCCUUGUGUCUUUGGGGAAUGUUGUCUACUUCUCGACCGCGGUGGACUCAUUAAUGCUUCAUAGUGGAAAUAUUUGAAAUAUAUUGUAAAAUACAGAACAGACUUAUUUUUAUUAUGAGAAUAAAGACUUUUUUUUUUUUUCUGCAUUCGGGGAAAAAAAAAAAUGCUUGAACUAACGCUUCCCCGGUGAGAGAGAAGUAGGAAGAGAGAGAGAACCCGGAGGCCUCGGCCCACGGGUGGGAAGCGUUGCGACUCAAAUUCAUCUUUGCAACAUGCUGAAGACGAGCAGAAGCACAGAGACGAGGGAGAGCCGAGCUUCUGUGUGCUGCGUAACAUCAGCACCCAGACCGUAAAGCCCCUGUGGCCUCGUGCCCAUCUCUGUGGCUCAUGAGGACACACCGAGCACCUGUGUGGGGUUGAGGAUGGUUGAGGAUGCAAGGCGGAGGAGUGGAACUCGAGAAUUCACCGAACACGCGGUUGAGAAAUAUUCGGUGCAAUACAGUGUCCUUGAAGACCUGGGUUCUGUUCAUGAGAGGGAUGGGAGAGCUAACGUAACAGGUGUAUCUUCUUUUUAAACGUCAGCAUGUUAGCCGAAGCAGCACACAAAAGUGUUUAUCUACCGUUUUCCAGUAUUAAUUUUUUUGUAAUAUAAAUGAUAAAGGAGAUGAUAAAGAACCAAUAGAUUAUUGAUAAAUAAAUUAGUAAUAAUAUGAAUUUUUGUUUCUAUGAGUUCAAAACAGCCCUAUACAGUAUGCAGUUCCGAUGAGAAAUAUUUAUUGUAUCAAAGGACAUUGUACUUAACAUGGUAGGCCAUUCUUUUACUGUUUCUCAAUGCUUUAAUAUAUAUUAAUUUAUGAUUGUCCUGAUAUUUUUGUAUAUUUUUCAAACUUAAAAAUCAGGAUUGGGGUGGGGGGGGUUGGCCAUAGUACUAACAUAGGCUGUUAUAUUGGGAUAAAUAUGUGUUGAUCGGUUUGUUUACCCUGACAUCUGACCACUGGUGUCACCGACCUACUGGCCUCAUUCAGGACACCUGCAGAGAGUAUGUAAAGUCUAUGCGUGAGACGGUCUUUGUACAGAAAGAAGGGGCCAGACCCUCUGCAGCAUGUCCUCCCAGAACAGAAACGGUGUGUAGCAAUCGACACUAGAAAAGUAGAUAUUUUACAAAUUAAUAUUUCCUUGACAUUUGUUGCCCUUUUAUCAGGGGUGGGGGGCAGAGAGAAAAGGCUGUAAUGUCAAGAACUGUGAUUUUUUUUUUCCAAACAAUAAAGCUCCUUUAUUACCUUAAUGUUCCCAUGUUAACAUGUUUGCUGCUAAAUUACAAUGUAGAAUUGAUAAUGAUUUAUAGUGGACUGUGCUCUUCCCUUAUGAAAAUCCCAGGGUACCCUGUGAAGAUGCAGAUGUUCCUUUCCAAAAACUUUUUUUACGCAGAAAAUUAGAUGUACAUGUAUAAUUCAGUGUGCUUUGUCUUUCUCCAGACUAAUAUCAGUUAUACUACUGAUGUUUGUAAAUUAAACAGAUAUUUACUUCACUAA